AGGGACAUCUUUUGUUAUCUUCGUCGUUCUCAUGCUUCUCUUCACAUGGCUUUCUCGCAAAUCCGGUAAUGCUCCCAUUUAUUACCCGAAUCGGAUCCUUAAAGGGUUGGAGCCAUGGGAAGGUACCUCCUUGACUCGAAACCCUUUUGCUUGGAUGCGUGAAGCUUUGACUUCUUCUGAGCAAGACGUUGUUAACUUAUCCGGCGUCGAUACUGCUGUCCACUUUGUCUUCUUGAGCACUGUUCUGGGGAUAUUUGCUUGUUCUGGUCUUCUUCUCUUACCGAUUCUACUGCCUCUAGCCGCUACAGACCACAACUUAAAGAACACAAAGAAUGGGACAGAUACCACAAGCAAAGGAACUUUUAGCCAGCUUGAUAAUCUAUCCAUGGCUAACAUCACAAAAAAAAGUCCGAGGCUGUGGGCGUUCCUAGGAGCAGUUUACUGGAUAUCUUUGGUCACAUAUUUCUUCUUGUGGAAAGCUUAUAAGCAUGUCUCUACAUUGAGAGCUCAAGCUCUGAUGUCUACUGAUGUAAAACCCGAGCAAUUCGCUAUUCUUGUUAGGGAUAUGCCUUCACCACCUGACGGGCAGACACAGAAAGAGUUCAUUGAUUCUUAUUUCAGAGAAAUAUACCCCGAGACAUUCUACAGAUCGCUUGUCGCAACAGAAAACAGCAAGGUUAAUAAGAUAUGGGGAAAGUUGGAAGGUUACAAGAAGAAGCUUGCGCGAGCAGAAGCAAUACUUGCAGCAACUAAUAACCGACCCACGAACAAAACCGGCUUGUGUGGGCUAGUCGGUAAACAAGUUGACAGCAUUGAGUAUUACACCGAGCUAAUCAACGAGUCUGUAGCCAAUCUAGAAACAGAGCAGAAAGCGGUUCUUGCUGAGAAGCAGCAAACCGCGGCAGUGGUCUUCUUCACAACCCGGGUUGCCGCCGCAUCAGCCGCUCAGUCUCUGCACUGCCAGAUGGUUGAUAAAUGGACUGUGACCGAAGCUCCCGAGCCUCGGGAGCUCCUAUGGCAGAAUCUCAACAUCAAGCUCUUCAGCAGAAUAAUCCGGCAAUACGUCAUUUACUUCUUUGUUGCUCUGACCAUUCUGUUUUAUAUGAUCCCAAUCGCGUUCGUCUCUGCAGUCACCACUCUUGAGAAUCUUCAGAAGAUUAUUCCGUUCAUAAAGCCGAUUGUGGAGAUAACCGCCAUAAGAACCAUUUUGGAGUCUUUCCUUCCUCAAAUUGCGCUCCUCGUUUUCUUGGCGAUGUUGCCUAAGCUUCUCUUGUUUCUCUCCAAAGCCGAGGGAAUUCCGGCGCAGAGCCAUGCCAUUAGGGCUGCUUCAGGGAAGUACUUUUACUUCUCAGUCUUUAAUGUCUUCAUUGGUGUUACCCUUGCGGGGACUUUGUUCAACACAGUGAAGGAUAUCGCGAAAAAUCCCAAACUCGACAUGGUCAUUAACCUUUUGGCUACUAGCCUCCCUAAGAGCGCAACUUUCUUCUUGACCUACGUUUCUCUCAAGUUCUUUAUCGGUUAUGGCCUUGAGCUGUCUCGUAUCAUACCUUUGAUAAUCUUCCACCUGAAAAAGAAGUAUGUCUGCAAAACCGAAGCGGAGGUCAAAGAAGCUUGGUACCCGGGAGACUUAAGCUAUGCGACUAGGGUUCCCGGAGACCUGCUCAUCCUCACAAUCACGUUCUGCUAUUCUGUAAUUGCUCCUCUUAUCCUCAUAUUCGGCAUCACCUACUUCGGUUUAGGCUGGCUGGUCCUCAGGAAUCAGGCGUUGAAAGUGUACGUUCCAUCAUACGAGAGCUAUGGAAGAAUGUGGCCGCAUAUUCACCAGCGGAUACUAGCAGCGUUGUUUCUAUUCCAAGUGGUAAUGUUUGGCUACUUAGGAGCCAAGACAUUCUUCUACACGGCCCUCGUGAUCCCUCUCAUCAUCACCUCUCUCAUCUUCGGUUACGUGUGCCGCCAGAAAUUCUACGGUGGGUUCAGACACACAGCUCUCGAGGUGGCUUGCCGUGAGCUGAAGCAGAGUCCGGACCUCGAGGAGAUUUUCAGAGCAUACAUUCCGCAUAGCUUGAGCUCUCACAAACCAGAAGAACACGAGUUCAAAGGCGCAAUGUCUCGUUAUCAAGAUUUCAAUGCAAUAGCAGGCGUUUAAAAUUUGAAUCCAAUCCCAAUUAUCUCAUAGAUUUGUUUUGUUGGUUUUUUAGAAGCUGUUAUUGUUGUGUGUGAAUUUUAGGGUUUGUUUAGGAUACUUCUUUGUAUGUGUUCUUGGGUUGUUGUAACUUGUAACUUUCUAAGCUACUUUUAAAUAUCAACUUGAUUUUUCAUCAUUAUGAUUCGUCUACUUCUAUCUGUAUCUCUACAUGCGAUUGUUAUCACAA